CUAUAUUCUCCUGCUGUUACAACAGGUAGGUAGUAGGUAGUUGAUUCUCGCAAUCACGCAUGCCAUUCAUAUGAAUAUCGUUGAUAAUUGAAAUAUUUUAAUAACAUUGGAAAUUACUUUUGUUAAAUAAUACCAAUCAAAAAUGUUAAAAUAUUUUAAGAAUACGUACCUAUUUAAAUUUUAACAAAAAUCAUACAUGCAUUUUAAAUAAUUGUAUUCAAGUUAACAAAUUAUGUGCUUAAUGUUAAUGACCCGUUUGUUAUAUUUAAUUAUUUUAUUUGAAAGUAAUGUCAUAAGUGUUGAAGUUUAUAAAGGUAAAUCAUUAGGAACUUUAAACUCUUAUCAUCAUCAAGUGGGUGGUGAAGUAUUUGCUGUCAAUGAAUUUACAUUAUUGAUUACUGAUUUUACAUUUGAUGGAAGUGCUAAUGAUGCAUUUUUCUGGGCCGGAGCUUCUAGUCGUCCAGGACCUCAAGGAUUUAUUUUGGCUAAUGAAUAUGGACGAACCGAUGUGUUAAAACGAUAUUUAGGAAAAGAAUUGAAAUUAAUUCUACCUGACAAUAAAAAAUUAACAGAUAUUAAUUGGUUUGCUAUUUAUGACCUUUCAAAAAAUAUUGCAUUUGGUGAUGUUUACGUUCCAGAAGAUUUUGAACCACCUGUUAAACAAAUUAUUGGUGAUCUCACUACUAAGUCACAUGGAGUUUCUUCUGGGCCAAUAGAAAUAUUAGAUUCUAAAACUAUUAAGAUUCCUAUGUUUUCUUAUAAUGGUGCUGGGAAAGAUACUUAUUUUAUUGUUGGAAAUGGACCUCAGCCAUCUGCCAAAGGUCAAAAAAUUCCAGAUGAGUCAGGAUAUUUAGAUAAUUUAAGAACUUAUUUAAAUGAAACGAUCAUACUAGAACUAGUUGGAGACACUACAGUUUUUGAUAUUAAUUGGUUAAGUGUAUAUGAUUUAAAAACUAAAGAAAAUUAUGGAUGGGUUUUAAUACCAGAUGAACCUAAUGUGCCUCCAUCUUUGCAAAACGUUGCUGAUAAAGUUGAAAAUAUUAUGCACUGUGUUCAAUUACAUAAAAAGCUUCAACUAAGUUGGCAAGUGUUUGGUCCUCAAAUUACAAUACGACUAGCAGGACAAAUAGAAGCUGAUAAUUAUAUGGCAUUUGGAUUUAGUGGAUCAGAAGAAGCACCACAAAUGCUUGGAUCUGAUAUUGCUAUAACUUAUAUUGAUGGUUUCAGAGGCCAUGCAAUUGAUUACAAUAUAACAGACAAAUCUCCUUGUGUAAAGGUAUUGGGACAAUAUAAAGGAGUUUGUCAAGACAUUUUAGUAGGUGGAUUAGAUGACAAUCAAGUUCAUACAGCAUCUAGAGAAAAUGGAAUCAAUAUAAUAACUUAUAGGAGAAACUUACUAUCAUAUGAUAUUGGCGACAAAGAGUUUAAAACCAAUGCUUUGAAUUCAAUGAUCUGGGCAAUUGGUCGAAUGAAUCAUCAAAAAGAACCUGGAAUCCAUGAUUACUUUCCGAGAAGUGUAUUGAAACUUGAUUUAGAUCCUAAACCUCCAAUUGAUACAUGUUAUCCUUUUACUGUGAAUACUGAACCUUUAAAAAGAGAUGUUUGGGAACAACCAAAAAUUAUUGAUUCAAAUUUACGUAUGAUGACUGCAACUUUAGGACCGUCAGGUGGCAAAAAAGGAUUUCAAGGUUUAACAGGCAUGCCUUCACCUGGACUUGCAUGGUACAUAAAUGGAUAUAUGAUACCGGAAAUAUGGUUGAAACGUGGUAUUACUUAUGUAGUUUAUAUUUAUGGAGGAAAUAAUCCUCAUAGUUCACAGUAUUAUCAUCCUUUUGUAAUAACGGAUGAGCCAAAUGGUGGUUAUGAUGGUAUGACUGAUAAUGCACAAAAACAUACUAGGAUAUUAGCUGGUGUUCAAUAUACUUUAAGAAGACAAGCUCGACCUACUUCUGCGGGUCCAUUAUGUUUACGUGAACGAAAAGGAUUUGAUCGUCGUUUAGAUGAUAAUUUUCUUUCAUUUAAAGAAUUCAAUCGGUCAUUGGAUAUGAGAUGUGAACAAGGUGAUCCAGCUAUUUUAGAGUUCAAACCAAAUUCUUCUUGGCCUGAUAUUGUAUACUACCAUAGCUUUGUCCAAAAUAAUAUGGGAUGGAAGUUACACAUAGUUGAUAAAUAUAGUACAGGUAGAAGCUCAGCUGCUCAAAUACAAUUUAAUUGUUUCUUAGGAAUACUUAUUUACUUAAUUUUAUAAAAUUGUGAUAUUUUAAAUUUAUAUA